GACAGAAAGAGAAACAGAAAGAGAGACAGAAGGGAGAGAGAGAGAGAGGCAGAGGCAGAGAAAGAGCUGAGGCAUCAGUGUCCUGAGACAAAUCCGAGUCUGAUUCUGCAGCAGCAGCUGAAGCAGGGGAUGGGGCAGAGAGCGGGAAGCAGGAGCAGGAGCAGGAAGCAGAGAAGCAGCAGCAGCAGGCAGGAGAGAGCAAGCAGAAGCAGCAGGGGGCAGCAGCAGGGGCAGAGCAGAGAGGCAGGAGGGCAGAGCAGCAGAGCAGGGGCAGGGGCAGGGGCAGCAGCAGGGCAGGGCAGCAAGAGGGCAGGGCAGGGGGAGCAGCAGGGCAGCAAGCAGCAAGCAGGCAGGAGAGGGCAGAGGGCAGCAGGGCAGGGCAGCAGCAGGAGCAGAGAGGGGCAGCAGCAGGGCAGGAGCAGGCAGCAGCAGCAGCAGGCAGAGAGCAGCAGAGCAGGGGCAGCAGCAGAGCAGAGCAGGGGCAGAGCAAGCAGGGCAGCAGAGCAGGGCAGGGAGCAGGAGCAGAGCAGGCAGGGCAGCAGCAGAGGCAGAGCAGACAGCAUCAGCAGCAGCAGCAGCAGCAGCAGCAGCAGCAGCAGCAGCUGCAGCAGCAGCAGCAGCAGCAGCAGCAGCAGCAGCAGCAGCAGCAGCAGCAGCAGCAGCAGCAGCAGCAGCAGCAGAAGCAGCAGCAGCAGCAGCAGCAGCGGCAGCAGCAGCAGCAGAGCAGGGCAGCACAGCAGAGAGCAGGCAGGCCAGCAAGCAGGCAGCAGCAGGCAGGGCAGCAGCAGCAGAGGGCAGCAGCAGAGCAGAGGCAGCAGCAGGGCAGGGCAGCAGGCACAGCAGCAGCAGCAGAGCAGCAGGGCAGAGAAGAGCAGGGGCAGAGCAGAGGCAAGCAGCAGGAGCAGCAGAGAGCAGCAGGGCAGCAGGCAGGGGCAGGGCAGCAGCAGGAGAGCAGGGGCAGGGCAGCAGAGGGGCAGAGGCAGCAGCAGCAGCAGGGGGGCAGAAAGAGGGCAGGGGCAGCAGCAGCAGCAGCAGGCCACCUGCGAUGUGGAUCGUGGGAAGAAAUCGGCUCGGUGGCAAGGAACUGGGGGAGUGUGCUGA